AUGUCCAUCGAACAGAUCGACACGAUCGAAGAGAGGAUUCUGGAGGACUACGCCGAGAUUGACGAUGUUAACAUAGGCUACGAGCGCUACGGUCAUGGUCCAAACUACAUUCUGGGCAUUUGUGGAGGUUGUGGAAGCUACAAAAAAGACUUUCCAGAACAAGUCCUUAGGGCUUUUGACCCGAAUUACUUUACGAUUGUGGCGAUGGACCCGCCUGGGUAUGGGAAAAGCCGCCCGCCGGCUAGAAAUCAGGAAAUCAACCGGUGCAAGAAGGACGCCAAGUACGGUAUUGGGCUUAUGAAGGUACGGUAGAUAAAAGAAAUUUAAAGAUAGAUGAAAAAUGGCAAGAACUUCCUAUAAAAAACAAAAAAUGGCAAGAACUUUCUUUACAAAACACAAAAUGGCAAGAACUUGCUUUACAAACACAAAAUGGCAAGAACUUUCUUUCCACCUCCUAAAAUGACAUUUCUUUUCAGCACCUAAACCUAGUACCAUUUUGCGUACUAGGCUGGAGUGAAGGUGCCCGUACCUCCAUCCACGUCGCUCAUCAAGGCAAAGAUGUGGUGAAUCGAGUGAUUGUGAUGGCCGUGACGACCCGAGUCGAUCCUCGAAUCGACCAAGCUUUUUUGGGCACAAGAAACACCGACCAUUGGCUACCAGAGACCUUGGAACCUUACACUAGACACUACCCAGAAGACUUUGUUCGGGUCGAAUGGGCUGCCGUCUGUGAUGUUGUUCACAAGUAAGUUAUCCUACCUACCCUACCCUACCCUAUUCUACCCUACCCUACCCUACCCUACCCUACCCUACCUUACCCUACCCUACCCUACCCUACCCUACCCUACCCUACCCUACCCUACCCUACCCUACCCUACCCUACCCUACCCUACCCUACCUUACCCUACCCUACCCUACGCUAUCCUACCCUACCCUACCCUACCCUACCUUACCCUACCCUACCUUACCCUACCUUACGUUAGGUUAUUUCUUACUGUACUGUAUAUUACUAUACUUUACUCUGCCCUUAUAUAAGUCACAAUCAUACCGUACUUUACCAUAUUCUCACUAUAGCCUACAAAUGCUUUAAAACUCCUUCUUCUGCCCUCACUUCUAGUGUUACCCUAUCCUAGCUUUUCCCUGCCCUUACUCAUCGCCUUACGAUGCUCUAGCGCCUAGCUUUACCCUACCCUACCCUAACUUUUUAAUCAAGCCCUACAUUUACACCUGGCCUUACCCUAACUUCAUCAUAUACCCUGCCCUACCCAAAACUGUAUUUUCAAUUUUCAGAGUAUAUGAAAACACUGCUGGUCGUUUCCCAUCUGAUCUUGUCUUGCACACCUUGAAGCAGCCAAUGCUCAAUAUCUAUGGAGGAAAGGACCGCUUCAUCAUGGACCAAAAGUACAUGCAGGAGAAGGUUCCUACUAUUCGGUAAGUGAUUGAUUUAAAAUGUAUUUAGGCAAUCUUUUUUACUCUUUUUUCUUAAAAAUUUUUUGGAAACUAAGUUUUUGUUUUGUAAAGAAAGUUCUUGCCGUUUUUUGUUUUGUAAGGAAAGUUCUUGCCUUUUUUUGUUUUGUAAAGAAAGUUCUUGACAUUUUUUGUUUUGUAAAGAAAGUUCUUGCCAUUUUUUGGUUUGUAAAGAAAGUUUCUUCAUUACAUUUUCAAAAGCAUCAUUUCAGCACGGCCGUUCACGCUCAAGGCGGCCACGAUUUCUACGUCAAGUAUUCCAGAUGGCUAGCCAUGAAGGUGACGCAGUUCUUCAAGGAAACCUCUCAGGAACUUAAGGCUUCAUUGUAA